CUGCUCCAGCGCCCGAGUUAAUCCCCCAAAUCCGGUCUCCCGGGCCGCAGCUGCUUCCCUUCGCAGUGAUGAAUGGCUCGGGGAGGGAAGAUCUCUGGUGAGCAGCCCCCAGCCUGGCCCAGGGCAUGCCCCAGUUCACUUUUGCCUGCUUCUGUGGCCUCCACGGCUUCUGCAAGAUGAAGAGGAAGAAGGAGGACGUUCACAGAGAGCGGGAAACAGCCGUGUGAGCAGGACCAGGGCCCCUUCUGCAGCCCGCCCCAGGCUGCGGGUCUUGGGCACGCUCCUGGUCAAGGCUUGGGCCAGGAU